GUAAUCUCCAGAGAGAAAGUUAAAGAAAAUUUUCUACUACUUGGUUUUUGAAAAGAGUGCAAUUUAUUAGUUUGUACGAAACACGCGCAUGCGUGUAGAAAAUUCUUAAAAUCGCGACCUGAUGCGAUGAUUAAUUGCUUUUCCUUCGAUUCUAUGAAUUUUUUCGCCCUGUACUACUAGUUCAAUUCAUUAUCGAUAAUAGAGUAAAUAAUACCGUGCGAGUUUUUGAGAUAAGCAGACCCAGUGGUCGUGCUUUGGAACUUGUAAUAUAUACUUAAGUUUGAGAAUGGCGAAAUUUGUAAAAUUUACAAAAUUGAGAUCUUCUACAGACAGCACCUUCUGGGCAAAAUUUGUGGAAUUAAAGAUUGACAAAUUCAAACUUGAUGAGAAAAGUGUCAAUCUAUGGGGAAAUUACAAUCUGCAAUCGUUAAACGAAGACAACACCAAUCCAUUGGUGUUGGAUUUCACAUCGUUCAAUGAAGACUUGGAGACAUUAAAUAAUAAUUCAUCGGUUCUUUGCUUUGGACAUAUGAUUAAUACAAAUACUUUUGAAGCAUUUCGUCAAAUUAAUCCUGAACAAUUUAUCGACUCCAUGGGAAAGGAUAUUAUAAAUAAUAUUCAAGAUGGAACAAUAUUGCAAAACCCAUGGAAAUUGUCAUUGUUUUUAGUCUUGGCUUAUUCAGAUUUAAAAAAAUAUAAAUUUUAUUAUUGGGUUGCACAUCCCACUCCAUUGAAAUUGCCUGAAAUGUAUUAUCAAGAAUCUCCACAAUCAAUUAAUGAAGAAUUCACAGCCAAACAAGUAGAAGAUUUGUCUCAACAUUUCUUACAAUUAGAUAGCAGGACAAAAAGUUAUUUUACAGUUUCAAUAUCAAAAGAAGGUAAACUGAGUAUUAUUGACUUGGCAACAGGAGUAGAAACAAUUAAUGCAAGGGAAAAGCAAUCACAAGAAUAUAGUGAAAUAUAUUUUGCAUUUUAUGACCCAUGUAUGACUUCCAAUCCAGGUUGGCCUUUACGUAAUCUUUUAUGCCUUUUAUGUUGGCAUUGUCCUAUAUAUUAUUUUUCAAAAAACAUUAAAUUUAUUUCCAUACGAGGGAAUAAAGCACAGAAAAGUAUUGUUUUUAAACUUAAGACCAAAGAAUAUGAAAAUUAUAAAGACAUAAGAGAUGCUUUAUUUAUGAGUCAUCUGGUGGGUUGGGAAAGCAACUCAAACGAUAAAUUGGGUCCCACCAUAGUUAAUUUAUCUGAUACAAUGGAUCCAACCAAAUUGUCAGACAGAGCUAUCAAUCUGAACUUAAAGCUAAUGAAAUGGCGUCUUGCUCCUGACCUAGAUUUAGAAAAGAUCUGUGAUCUUAAAUGUCUUUUAUUAGGCGCUGGAACCUUAGGUUGUUCCGUAGCAAGAGUUCUCCUAGGUUGGGGAGUUAAUAACAUAACUUUCGUCGAUAGCUCCAACGUAUCUCAUAGCAACACAGUGCGACAAAGUUUGUACAGUCACCAGGACGCUGUGAAGCAUAAGUAUAAAGCAUAUGCAGCUAAGGACGCUUUAUUGAACAUCCGACCGAGCAUAAAUGCAGAAGGUGUAGUUUUACACAUUCCAAUGCCCGGGCAUGUUGUUGGUAAAAGUAUGCUGGAUUCUACGAAGCAGUCCCUGGAAAAAUUGGAAGAACUUGUCGAUAAGAGCGACGUUGUCUUUCUUCUAUUGGAUUCUCGAGAGGCCAGGUGGCUACCUACGGUUCUCUGCGCUGCUAAGAACAAGAUUGCCAUCAAUGCAGCCUUGGGUUUUGAUUCUUAUACAGUACAGAGGCACGGUACUCGAAAUUUCACUAGUCCAGAUUCACCAGACUUGGAUGCUAGGAAUCCCCGUGGUAUGGACCUUGGUUGCUAUUUUUGUAACGAUGUAACACAGCCUGGAAAUUCACAAACUGACAGAACAUUGGAUCAGCAAUGCACAGUUAGCAGGCCGGGUUUAUCACAGAUUGCUGCAGGAUUAGCAGUCGAGUUAUUGGUAGCUUUGUUGCAGCACUCUCAAGGAAUCGAGGCUGCAGCGUUGGUGGGUAACAGCAGAGAUAUUAGCCCAAGCGAUACAGAAUUUGUAGGCUUGUUGGGAUGUAUACCGCAUACGAUACGAGGUUCCCUGUGGAAUUACGAUACUCACUUAACGAUUACUCAUAGAUUUACAUCCUGCACAGCUUGCUCUGUGCCCAUUAUCGCGGAAUAUAAAAAUCGGGGUUUAUCUUUUGUUUUGGACGCGUGUAAUAUACCGAAUUAUUUAGAAAAAUUAUCAGGACUGGAGCAAAUACUUAAGAGGCCCGAUUUAGACGAGCUUUGUUACGCGUUGGAUAGCAUAAGCGAUGACGAUGAGGAUGAUGGAAAUGAUGUGAUACCUUAAAUAUGCGAAUUUUUCUCUUUAACAAAGUUCUAGUUCUUGUAAUACAAUAUUUAAAGAAUUCAAUUUUACCACAUAAAAAGCAUUGGAAGAAUUUAUAAUCUAAUAUCCAUAUUCGUUAAUUGCAAUCGCUUUAUUUUAAUUUUUUUAUCAUUGUGUUGACAUUUGACAUUAAUGUAUGUCAAAAUCUCAUUGCAAGAUAUGUCUUAUUACGCUCAUGACUUGUGUAUACAGAUUUUAUGCAAAUAUUAGAAGAGUAUACAAGAGGUUACGCCUCUGAAUUUGUUUUUAAUGCUAAAUAUGUUGAAUAAAACAUUUGAAUUGCCUGAAAACUGAAAGAAAGACAGGCUAAUUGAGACUUAAGCUCAACUUUAAAAGAAAUCUAAGAAGAAUUAGCCCUUCAAAAAUUUUGUUUGCUAAGAAAGAAUUAUAUGAAAUUGUAGGCAUAAUUGAUGGAGGGAAAAGAGGGAGUUUGAACUGUAUUUAUACGGUCGGCGUGGCGCGCGUUUGUGCCUCUAGCAAUCUUCCCGCUAGAGAGCGCCUCGACGGACGAAUACCAGACAUUCCAGCGUAAUGUUUAAGUAGUGGGGAAUCGAGGCUGGCUCUCGUGUGUCAAAGAGCCUGUGUUCCUUGUGUGUUCGACCGCAUACCAUUAGAUUUUCCAUCGUUUUCAAUGAAAAUACGUACUGUGCGUUGGCUCGACGUGCCAGCGGACGUCGUGCCGGAUGUUUGAUCCUCUGUUCGUCAGCCUGUCAAUGCAGAAACAUCGAAAUGAAAUUGCGACGCCGGUUGCAUGGAAGUUUGGAAAGAGAGCAGGAGGCGCGAUACGAGAGUAAGAAGAGGAACGCUGUUACUAGUAAUAGCUUUGAGCAUGCCUACAUAAUUCGGAGUUAUCACUGUACAAACAUACACACAAGUAUCACCGAUCAAGUAACUCUUAAUAUCCUCUUAGCGUUUAUUUCCUUAAAUAAAGCUUUGUAUGUAAAAAAUACAAGAUCCUAAAGGAUUUUCUUUCUUUCAGCGGUGAUAUAAUUUUCGAUGUCACGACAUGUCACACAUGGUAUAUAUACUACCUUGCAUAAGUAUUUGGACACUUGUUGCAAUUCAAUCAAAACAUUGGUAUCUUUAUUAUAUUUUCAACAUUAUAACAGGAGAAUGUCUCUCUAUUAUUAAUUCUUUACUUCUUGCCUUAAUUGCGACCAAAUGUUCUGCUAAAUUGAAACUGAAACAAGUAAUAUACCGAGCAUUGAUCAACUUCUAUAUUUAUCUCUAAUAAAUAGCUUAUACCUCAUAAAGUCCAUGGAAACUUUUAGAAUAUGGUUGGAAACAUAUAUUCCGAUCAUUCUAAGAUGUCAAUAUUGAACAGAUAUAUUUCAUCAAGCUUCGAUCAUUGCUUUUUUAUUUACACUACGUAGUACCAACUAUUAAUGUUACCAAUGUCUACUAAUUGUAUGUAGUUCCCUGAGAUAAAAGAUCAGAAAAUUAGAUCGAAGAGCUUUAUUUGAACUAUUUUAUAUACUUGCAAUAAUUUGCAAGUCUCUAAAUACUUAUCCACUAUAAUAUAUGUUAUUGAAUACAUCUCAAAUCAAAUAUAUAUAUAUAUAAGUCUAUAUAUGUAUAUAAAAGUGGUAAGAACUUUUGUUCUAAUCUAAUAAUUGGAGAGUAAUUCGAAGCCAUUACUAGUCGGUAUGUUAACGGUGGGUGGAGUGGGAUCUGGGAUCGAGUGGAUACGCGUGGGGACUCGCGAAGCGGCGUCGGGUGGGCUGCACGCGAAGAGGCGGAGGACGCGGGCGGCAGACCUCUGGUGAGGGGUCCGCAUUCCACAGACAAUGUCACGUUUUUUAAUCCCCGUUUUACUUUAUUUGUACUGGCUUCGGCCGCGAGGAAGGCCCCCAAACAGUUAACUUCGACUUCUGUCCCCAGAGAGCAGAGAUCCUCGUGACGGUGCCGUGGUCGUCAGCGUUCUAUCGCGGGAAUUUCAACCCGUGUGUCGAACACCUGCUGCAUCUCUACCUCGAGAAACACUUCCUAUCUGAAGUUCAAUCCCGCGGACAAGUGAAGUUCUUUUAGAAAUAAAAACUAAAAAGGGUGAAAUUGGUGGAUCAAGGAUACCUUUGUUCAAGUUCUCGAAGAAGAAGUACGAGAGAAGAGAUGUCCGCCGUCGAGAGCGCCUUGGACGUCCUCUCCAGGGCGGCUACCAUGGUGCAAG